CAUCAUCCGAACUCUUCGGUUUUGGGUAGAACUUCUCAAAAUGAAGCAAGCGCUUCAAACUACUCUCUUGUUUCGUCAUGCGCCAGUCCAUUUAGUAAUUUCUCCAUGCCAUAUCAUAUCUCGUGUUCUCAUAUUCUUCUCAUCCACACACACACAUUCCUCUCACAUAUUUUGUUUCUACCUACCCCAAAAAUUUCACAUUUUCGAUCUGCAUUGAUAUAUCGCAGCACAGAAACGCAAUUUCCAAGCAACUGGCCACCGUAUCGCACCGAUCUUCAACAUCGAACCGAAACUUGAGCCGAGAAUCAAGCCGAGAACUGAGCACCGAUCAGUGAAUCCAAAAGUUGGAAUUUAGCAUCAUGAAUUCCUCUAAUGUCACUACAGCUGUGGAAAGCUGUGAAGAUCCACAAUUUGUCGCCAAAGCGAUCGUGCUGGCUGUGUUCCUCGUGUUCAUUCAAAUACCGCUCGUCUCGACGGGUUUCUUUUUCGGCUACCACUAUAUGGCUUUGCGCGUCAAGAUGCGUCUCCCGGAUGUAGUAGCGAUUGAAAAGUUGUUAAUCGAGGUAGAAGAGAAACGUUGGGGCGAGGGAACUUACAGGCGUGACGGAAAACGACCUACAUUUGAAAUAGAAGCUGAGGUUUAGGUUAUACUGUUCAAUUCUGACCCAUUCCGCGUCAUAACUUCAUGGCUUUCUCUGUGAAGGAAAGAACGAGUAUACAGUUGUUU